AUGGCCCCCAUCUUGACCAGCACACCAGGGAUUGAACCACCUCUGAAGCUAACUGCUGAAUCGCUUGAGCGAGAGCACUGCGACUGCGGAACUCUUGCCGCACUGACCCCCCUCCCUCUGCCCUGCCAUGUCCUGAUUGAGCAGGCAGGCAAGCUCCGCAUCAGCUCCUCCCAGCCUAUCUCUGCAGGCGGCAGUCGAAAAAGCAACAUGCCCCCCAAGAAGCCUGAGCCAAAGAAGCCCGAACCAAAGAAAGAGGAACCGAAGGCAGCACCUAAGCCAGCACCACCACCAGAGCCGGAGCCCCCCAAGGAAGUCCCGUUUGACCCAGCUAACAUCCAAAGAUGCUCCUUUAACUCAGAUGGAAUAGAAAAAUUUAAGGAAGCCUUCUCGCUCUUCGACAGAACUCCUAAAUCUGAGAUGAAGAUCACAUAUGCACAGUGUGGAGAUGUUCUGAGGGCUUUGGGGCAGAAUCCAACCCAAGCUGAGGUCCUCAAAGUCCUUGGCAGACCCAAACCAGAAGAAAUGAACAGCAAAAUGAUUGACUUCGAGACCUUCCUGCCCAUGCUCCAGCACAUCUCCAAGACCAAAGACACUGGCACCUAUGAGGACUUUGUGGAAGGCCUGCGGGUGUUUGACAAAGAGGGGAACGGAACGGUCAUGGGUGCUGAGCUCCGCCAUGUUUUGGCUACCCUGGGUGAGAGGUUGAGUGAAGAGGAGGUCGAUAAGCUAAUGGCUGGCCAGGAAGAUGCCAAUGGUUGUAUCAACUAUGAAGCUUUUGUGAAGCACAUCAUGACCAGCUGA